UGUUCUACGCAUGCCCAGAAGCUGGGGCAGCUUCCUGAGGCGGUUAACAGCAGCAUUGCUCACACCUUCACUCCUCUUCUGCGCAGUGACAGCUGCGCUUCCCCUUCCGGCAGCUGCUGCGGAGGCGGUGGUGGCCUUUCCUCCCCGCUCAGUUCCCGACUAUCACCAUUUCUUCCUUCAGCGGCCGCCUUCCUGCUCGUCUGCAGUGGUGAACAUGGGAGCUGGAAGCGGUCGGCAUCUCCUACUUCUUUAUGCGGCAGUUGCUGUGCUUGGUCAGAUUGUGGAUGCAGAUAUUGUAGAAGAGUUAGAUGAAUCAUUUAAAGACAAUCGGAAAAAUAGCAUUUGGCUUGUAGAUUUCUACGCGCCAUGGUGUGCACACUGUAGAAGAUUGGAACCAGUUUGGAAUGAAGUUGGUUUAGAGAUGAAAAGGCUUCGGUCUCCAGUUAAAGUUGGAAAGAUGGAUGCUACUUCCUAUACUAGCAUUGCUUCUGAGUUUGGAGUUAGAGGAUAUCCAACAAUUAAGCUAUUAAAAAAUGAUCUAGCAUAUAACUACCGAGGGCCUAGAACUAGAGAUGAUAUCAUUGAAUUUGCUCAUAGAGUAUCUGGGGCUCUAAUCCGUCCACUUCCAAGUCAACAGAUGUUUGAGCAUGUGAAGAAGAGGCAUCGUGUACUGUUUCUUUAUGUUGGAGGAGAAUCAACUUUAAAGGAGAAAUACAUAGAAGUAGCUUCAGAAUUAAUUGUAUAUACCUACUUCUUUUCGGCCUCAGAAGAGGUUAUACCCGAGUAUGUAACCCUGAAUGAGAUGCCUGCUGUGCUUGUUUUCAAAGAUGAAACUUAUUUUGUAUAUGAUGAAUAUGAAGAUGGUGAUCUUAAAUCAUGGGUCAACAGAGAGAGAUUUCAGAAUUAUCUUACUGUGGAUGGCUUUACCCUCUAUGAACUUACAGACACAGGAAAACUUAUUGUCAUAGCUGUUGUUGAUGGGAAAAAUGCAACAGUUGAGCAUACCAGAUUAAAGGAAGCUAUUCAGGAAGUAGCUAAAGAUUAUAGAGAUCGUUUUCACAGGAGAGAUUUUCAGUUUGGACACAUAGAUGGAAAUGACUAUGUAAACAACAUGCUGAUGGAUGAAUUGAAUGUUCCAACUGUAGUUGCAAUAAAUACUUCAAACCAUCAGUAUUUUCUGCCAACUAGACUUAUUGAAAGUACUGAAGAUGUGAUGCAGUUCAUUAAUGAUAUUUUGGAUGGCACAAUUGAAGCCCGAGGUGGUGAUGGAAUUUUGCAAAGAUUGAAAAGAGUAUUUUAUGAUGUCAGGACUACUGUUGUGUCUGUAUUCAGAAGCUCACCAUUUUUGGGCUGUUUUCUCUUUGGCCUGCCACUGGGUGUCAUCAGUAUCAUGUGUUAUGGAAUCUACACAGCUGACACGGAUGUCACUUAUACAGAAGAACGAAUUGAAGUAUCUAAAAAGGAAACUGAAAAUAGGGAUGUAAGCGAUGAAGGCAAUGAGCCAGAAAAAAAGGAAGAAAACAAUGAGAAUUCUCUAGUACUUUCAGAUGCAGAGCAAGAACCCAAAGAUAUAUUGGAAAAGAAAAAUGACUGAGUCUUCUAAGAUUUAGGUUAUUUGAUAGGCUUUCUAAUUAAAAAACAAAACAAAAACUUAUUUAUUAAAAUUAGCCAUUUAAUCAUGAUCUUUACUGAGGAAAACAUCAGAUCUGUAUUUUGCCAAUAUUGAUUACAUGGACUAAAAUCUUCCCAUAUUUUUUGGGGAAAAGGUGGGUCAUCUGGAUAAGAACUAAAUAUUUAUCUUUCUUUUUUAAAAAAACAACAAGCGGUCUUCAAAGUUUACUAUUGAUAAAUAGUAUAUUCCUUUAUCUGAAUAUUGUCUGACAAAGUUGAGGUUUGGGGGAAGAAUUAUUUACAUCUGUCAAUCAAAUAGAAGACAUGUUUUCACUUAGAACAAUAACAACACUCCCAGUUACAUUUUCGAAAAAAUUAAAAUUAGGUGUUUAUUCUGUCCAUUUCAAAGAUAGGUACUUUGAAUGUGUAAGACUUAUAAUGAUUUCUCCCACGUAUCAUAACUACUCAUGUUAUUCAGGCUUUGGUAGAUACAAAUAAUUUGACUUUACAUAGCAUGCCAGUUUUAUUUUGGUGUCUAAAAGGAGAACAAAUUUUAAUUUUUUGCAUUAUCAUAAAAUCUGUGUAUAGGUCCAUCCCAUACCUUAAAUCAGCAACCCUUUGUUUGCCUCCAUGUCUUAACAGAAAUUAUUUAAAGAAAUAUUUUAAAUCAGUGAAAAUUGUUAGAUAUGCAGUUAUUCCACAGAAAUGUACACUGUGUAUGCUGUAUUUAGGUAACAUUGCUUUUAAAAGUUGUUGGUAUAAGCUUAUUAUGAAAAGUUACAUAACAUUUUAUAAAAGAAAAACUAUUGUAAAAGAAUAUCUAUUAAGGUCAUCUUCUACACAUCUCCCCAUUGACCCUAUCCUUUCAUUUUAUACCCUUAUUUAAAUACUGCACUAAAUCUAUACAGAGUAAUGUCUACAAAUUUUUAUUUUUACAUGAUGGUGUAUUUAUUUUAUUUUGGAUUUAAAUUUGAUCAUUUUUAUUUUAACGAUAAUUUGAACUGUAAGCUAUUAGUAGUUUGUGCAUUUAAUCAUCACAAAAUCAAGUUAUCCUGUAUAAUGUAUUUUUCUUAAAUACUCAAUUAUAAAAGUGAUCUCUAAUUCAAGCCCAGGAUACUGAAAGUGUAAGUAAUCUUAUAUUCCGUCCCAAGGAGCUAACAACCUUUGAUUAAGCACUGAUGCCAUAGGGAUCACCAUAGAAACUAAACUUAAACUUCAGAUUUUACAAGUACUGAGGCAAUAUUAACAUCAAUUUCAUUGUGAUCCCUUGGGCUUAUAUUUUUAAUGUUUCUUAUUGCAGCACUCAUUUGUGCCAGCUUCAUUACUUUUUAUAAUGAAACAAAUAUGCUGUGACACUGAGUUAUUCUAUUCCUAAAUGAGGCUUUAACUAAUAAAGGUAUAUUAUGUAUAACUUAUUAGUAAAUUCUGUUCCAGGUAGUACUCAUUCAGUCUGUCUUUUGGAUAUGAAUGUUAGGUUUUGUAUUAUAUAACACUUGAAUGUUAUAUGGCCACAGUGCAAAGUUUAGAAAAUUACCAAUGCCUACAUUGAGAGUCAGUGUAAGGUGUCAAUGUUAAACAAUCAUGGAUGUGAGGAAAAUGUUAUAGAAAAGGUCAUUGAUUUCUUGUCAGAUUUAGUCAUCAGCAUGAUUUUGGACCUUGAAAAUUAAAUAUCCAUCAAUAAUUUCAACCUAAAAUGAGUGACCUCAGGAAAAAUUACAGGUUAUUUUAUAUACACAGAAUAACUUACUGAUCUUACUAUAUAUACACUGAAGGUUCACGUGAUUUAGUGGUUUCAUUUUCUUUUAUUUCUUUUCCCAACUCUAUAGCCUUGCCCAGUUGUUCUUUUUCCUGCUUUUCAUUUCCAUUUAAAAAUUUCUAUAUUAGGAAGACUUUAAUCUUAGUGAUGUAGGAAUAGAAGACUCCAUUAUUUUUUUUAAUUAAAUCUUUUUUUAAUCUUCAGAGUAGGAUUUUAAAAAAUACUUUAUCUGCCAACUGUUUUAAUAUAAUUCUUGUUUAUUUAUUACUAUACUUUCCUUCCAUAAUCCCUUUCCCUGGAAAAAUUUUAGCAAAAUUAUGAUGUUUCCAGAAAAACAAAUAUUUAAAAGUGAAACUUCUUGUUGAGUUAAUUUUUUUUUAGAAGAACACAGUUACCAGUGGUUCAUGGGGUGUAUCAUGUUAAGAUGAAAUAACUGCCAUAUGAAAAAUUAUGUGGUAAUUUGGAUUUCUGCUUCUGCUUUACUUAGGGGUUUUAGUUUGUUUUGAUUUUACUCAAGCAUAAUUUUUAAUAUCCCAUACAGAAUUAAGAAGGAUUGCAGAUGCCUGCUGCUAGUAAACUGGGUGCCUAGGUAAUAUUGAAAAUGAGAAUUUUUUUCCCCUCAAAGAGAAAUUGGGUUAAUGGUUAUCUCAACCUGCCUAUACGCCUCUCCCCAAAUUCUCUUUGUUUUUCACAUUAUUUCUUUCUAUAGCUAAUACAGACUAAAACUUUAUAGAGGAGUUUUCUGAUGCGAGUUUCUGUCUCAGAGUUUCUGUAUUUUCUCUAACAGACAGUGCUUGCUGGCACCUGCUGUGGAAAUAAUAUACCAAAUAUUUGGUGGGCUGUCCAGCCUAAGUUUGCAGAAAAGCAUAUGUCUCACUCAGGUACAGAUGAGUUGUUAAAAUAACCAGCUAUGCUGUUUUUUAAAAAAAAAAUAAAAAUAAAUGCACUCACAUUCUCAUCAGUACUUCAUCCCAGAAAUACAUUUCUGGGGGUGAAAAGCAAAAAAUCACAUACCUGUUCUUAAUAUCUUGAUAUUGUUGUAAUAAAUUAGUAUGCGAAAAGACAGAUUUGUGACUUAAUUUGUGAGAUUGGCUUUGGCAUUUUAUUUUUAUAUAUAUAUUUUUUCCUGAAAGAAAUUAGAUGUCUGAGUCCAAGAGAGGGCAAAAAAUAAUUUUCUAUUACUUUACCUUGGACUAAUUCUGUAAGGGUUUCUGAAAAUCUAACAUACUGAAUUUAUGAUAUGCUGCCUUAUGGUACUGCGUGUAAACCUUUGUUUUUCUACAAUAAAUUAAUUGGAAAAAAGUG